AUACAAGGUUCAGUAACCGCAACAGAUCGAUUGAUGAAAGAGAUGAGAGACAUUUACAAGAGCGAACACUUUAAAAAUGGAGUAUAUUCGGUUGAGUUACGAGAUGGAGAUAACUUAUAUGAGUGGUGGGUGAAACUAUAUAAGGUGGAUACCGACAGUGCACUGUACACUGAUCUGCUGACGCUUGCAUCUGAGCACAAGCAGGAUCACAUUUUAUUCCACUUCUUGUUUAAUGAAAAUUUCCCAUGUGAUCCACCCUUCGUGCGGUUGGUUUCACCAACGGUGUCCAACGGAUACGUGCUUGGCGGUGGAGCUAUCUGUAUGGAAUUACUCACUAAACAAGGAUGGUCAUCAGCUUAUUCUAUCGAAUCGCUGAUCUUGCAAAUUGCCGCUACACUGGUCAAAGGGAAAGCUAGGAUACAAUUUGAAGCGAAAGCGCAGUACAGCUUGGCGAGAGCGCAACAAUCUUUUAAAUCACUAGUACAAAUACAUGCCAAGUCUGGCUGGUACACUCCACCUACAACCGAAGGAUGA